AUGUCACUAAAGGCAACUCCUCUUGUGGCCUUCCUCUGCUUCUACCUUCUUCGUGCCACUUGUGCUGAACUCAGAGCUUCGUCCCAACGUCUCGUCGCAACAGGUCAAACAUUUCACGCCCUUUGCCAUUACGAGCACGUUGAUGUCGACCGAUUUCUCUACUGGACCGUCCACACCCGCCACAAUAAACACGGCGACCAAGAAAUUAACGCCAACUUCGGCGGGGUCGAUCUCAAGACUUGUUCUCCUUUCAGCUUCGAUGACUCCAACAGCAUUCUUGCUUUCAAGACCGGUCUACGAGGCCUGACCGGUCAGGUCACCUGCGAUCUAGACGGUGGCCCGAUGAGACUACUUAUCGACAAGGUCCGGCCAGAAUACAACGGGCUUCGAUUCUCUUGCACCUCCGGCCACAACGACAACGCUCGGAGCAAUGAAGUGACCCUCAUCGUCGGGAAACCUAGAUUAGUAACCCUUGAAAUAGAGGAUUCUGGUGACAAGGCCCAACCAACCGGCGCUGGUACUGUUCUCAGGGCCACGUGUCGUGUGGACAGGUCGUUGAAGCCGAAGUUCUUAUUCUGGGCGACGGAUGGUGCCGCAAAGAAUAAAUCAACGUUCGGUGGGAUGGUUGUGGAAUUCUGUUUCCGGUACAAAGUCCGUGAUCCGGUCUACAGGAGAAUUGAUUUCAACUGCCAUGGACCUUCUGACAUUGCGUCCACAAUAACGGUUCAAUCGCUUCCUGUCGGAACAGCCAUCUUUUGUUAUGCAAAAAUCGACAACAAAGAUGGAGCCGCCGCUUCAAGAAUCGAAAGCAACAGGCUCGCAAUUUCUGACAGUGGACGUUUUACCAAUCUUUUAAUCUCUGCCGGGAAAUAUUCUGUACCGAUAAACGGAACGUUUUACGCAAAAUGCCGUUUGUUAAGCUGUAACGGUCUAACGAACAAUUGCUCCGACAAGAUUCAGUGGCAGGGUGUUUCGAAAUUUGGUAAAAGGGCGUAUAUCUUCAAGAGGGAAUGGCAAGAAGAUAGCGUGUUGUUGAUCAGGCCAAUUCAAGAGGCUGAUAACCAAAGUCAAGUCUAUUGUAGUGUUUUACGCGAUCCAACAAUACCAAGAGAAUCGGUUACGAUUAAGGUCACACGGAAAAUGCCGAUGUCUAUCGAGCUCUUACGAAACGAAUCAACGAUUAGUCCCGUGCCGAUAAACGGAACAUUUCGCGCCGUCUGCUCGUUCAGAAACAUCGAUGCGCGCGUCCUGCACUGGAUUGUCGAGAUGGACCACGUCAGCAUUGGCAAGAUCGUCAUCAGGCCUGACGAAUGUCGUACUUACCUCAUGAUAGCAACAACGCCAGCUGUGGACCGGAUGCAGUUCUCUUGUAAUCUGAGCGCCAAACUAACAACCUUCUCAGUCCAGCGAGUCGGUGCUGAUGAUCACGGAACCGAAGUUUACUGUUCCGCCUUUGACCGAUACGGUUUUGCCGUUCGCAGCGACUCCGUGAGCAUUAAGACGCGAGUCGUCGAGGGCUCUGAAAAUACGCUCGCAAAAAUUCGACCGGCUUAUCGAGAAGCCACGCUCGUGGCUACCUGCCCGUUUGGAAACGGUACACAAAACGUAUUAAUCGUUCAUCCGGCAACUGAAAACGGAAACGGAAGUAAGACGUUUAGAACCGGAAAUGAAACCGAUUACACGGCUUUUAUCCAGCUUGACAUAAACUGCACUGUAAUCGAUUACGCUUUACACUCGUCCCGGAGGUUUUAUGUCGGCUGUGACCCUGAUGGCAAAUCUCUUACCCUCGUUAUAGAUCCGGUUUACGGUAACGCUUCUGACGCUUUCCGGGUGAUAUGCGCCUGGUACGCUUCUCUUCCUUCUUCAAACGCCUCUUCAACGCCGGAACUAAAUAUGGUGUUUCAUAAACGCCAGUAUCCGCAAGUGGUCUACCCUGUGUCAAAACCGACGCUGCAUUAUAGCGGCGAGAAAAUUCACAUUAACAAGCCCGAGGCUGAUAUCUCCAGCAUGAUUUGGUUAGUUCCGGCCCUUCUUGAUCAUGAAUUGGAAUUCUCUUGUAGCUUUGAUGCCACUGAGAAUUCGACCUUCAGCCUCUUGCUUUACAUCCAAAUAGAAAACGGCGAGGUUUUUCCGUUUAUUGAGAGGAGGAAGCUGAACGGUAAGAACCAAACGUUUGUAAUUCGAGGAAGGUUUCUCAUGAUGACGUCAUAUCGUGGUAUUUUUUGCGUAGCGGAGAAUAUCGUUAGCCGUUGGGAAUCGGACUCCGCCGGGAUUAAGGUUCGCAACGUCUCUGUUUUCAUGCCACUGCACGAACGGGCGCCGUCGAAUAGUUCUUUCUUCAGGCGACAUCUAACGCCAACCCGCAAACUAUGUUAUGACUUAUGCGAAGUCUACAGCAAUUGUCACGGAGUUUCCUACCAGGACAUGCUAUGCUCUCUAUCAACCCACAGCUUCCAGGACAUGCAGUUUGUGUCCAAUGAAGGCUUUAGCUUCUACCACCGCCUGCAACCGGAAGACAUCUUGCAAAAACAAGACUUUGGGUCUAGUGUUUACAUUAAGCACGAGAAUAGGAUGCUGCCUUUUCACGGGGUCCUGGAACAUCGAACCGGUGUCACAGCAACUCAGUGCCAAAAUAAGUGUACGGCAAAUGUAUUCUGUCGUUCGAUACAGUAUAACAGAGCUCUGAAUAUGUGCCACUUGUCCCGUCUGAAGCCGACAAAGAAUGAAACGACAGCCGGAGUUGACCGUUUUGACUGGGACGUUUACGCAAAGAACAAGACCAAGACCAAUACCAACACGCCAGACUCUUUCGUCGUUAUCCGAGAACUUUUGCCCGACAAAAAUUAUCAGCCGGUAUCUCAGAAGGUGCUGACAGGGUUGGAGAAUGACCAGGACCAAUUGAAAGAAUGUGCAGAUUCCUGCAGGAACAAUGACCACUGUCUCUCUUUUGUCAGUAUUUAUAAUGAACUAGGUACACACAUGGCGUGCUCUCUGUAUGGCGUUAAUAUUCCUGAAAUGCGUCUGGUGAAGCCCGUUAAAAAUGACCUGAAAAGACGAUUCUUUUCUCUCUCUCUCUCUCUCUCUCUCUCUCUCUCUCUUUCUCUCUCUUUUACUUACUUUCAUUCUGUCCUUCUCAUUCUCAUUCAGUCACUACGCCUUUCUUUCUCUCUAUCUAAAUCUCUCUCUCUGCUUUCCUCAUCCAUUCUGGUUAUCUCUCUACGCAUUUCUUUCUCUCUCUCUCUCAAAGUCUCAUUCUCUUUUUUUACUCAUUUUCAUUCUCUCUCUUUGCCUUACUUUCUCUCUCUCUCUCUCUCUAAUUCUCUCUGCUUUUCUCAUUUUCAUUCUCUCUCUACGCCUUUCUUUCUCUCUCUCUAUCUCUCAUUCACUCUGCCUUUCUUAUUCUCUCUACGCCUUUCUUUCUCUCUCUAA